UUUACUACAUCACACAAGAGGGAGUUGAAAACCUCCGUAUAGGGAAAUGAGUUAUUCCUUUCAUAUCACAAUCUAUUUUAAUUAAGAAUGUGGUUUUCCUCGUUCAGUGUUUAUUGUUGACAUGUGGUGAAUUUUAUAUGAUUAAUUUUUUUAUAAUAACUUGCAUAUAGUUUGAAAUAUAUAGUAUAAAUAAAAUGCCGAAAGUACGCACGCAAAAAACAACUCGUACCCAUAAAGAAGUCGCAAAACAGGGAAUUUUAUUCAAUACGAAUAUUGGACAACAUAUUCUAAAAAAUCCGCUUGUUAUUCAAAGUAUGGUUGAAAAAGCGGCAGUUAGACCAACAGAUGUUGUAUUAGAAAUAGGUCCAGGUACUGGUAAUAUGACAGUAAAAUUACUGGACAAAGCUAAAAAAGUAAUAGCAUGUGAAUUGGAUGUUCGAAUGGUAGCUGAGUUACAGAAACGUGUGCAAGGUACAAUUUAUCAGUCAAAAUUACAAAUUAUGAUAGGCGAUGUCUUGAAAACAGACUUACCAUUUUUUGAUUUAUGUGUUGCCAAUAUACCAUAUCAAAUAUCAUCACCUUUAGUAUUCAAAUUACUUUUACAUAGGCCACUGUUCAGAUGUGCCGUACUUAUGUUUCAAAGAGAGUUUGCUGAACGUUUAGUAGCUAAACCAGGAGAUAAAUUAUAUUGUCGUUUAAGUAUAAAUACUCAGUUGUUAGCACGAGUGGACUUGCUUAUGAAAGUAGGAAAAAACAAUUUUAGACCACCACCAAAAGUAGAGUCAAAUGUAGUUAGAAUAGAACCACGUAAUCCACCACCUCCAAUUAAUUACCAAGAAUGGGAUGGUUUAACACGAAUUGCAUUUGUCAGAAAAAAUAAAACUCUCUCAGCAGCAUUUAAGCAAACUACAGUCUUAACAAUGUUGGAGAAAAAUUACAAGCUUCAUUGUAGUUUGAAUAACAAGGAAAUUCCAGAGGGAUUUAAUAUCAAGGAAAUGAUAAAUGAUAUUUUACAAAUAGCAGAUGCAGAAAAUAAACGUGCAAGAACUAUGGAUAUAGAUGAUUUUAUCAGCCUUCUACAUGCGUUUAACGCGCAAGGAGUGCAUUUUACAUAAAUCAAAAUUUGAUUAAUGUAAAGAAAAUGUGUUAUGUUUUGAGAAAAUGUAAGGAAAAU